AUGGCAGUCAUUUCUUUUAGGGUUUUUAUGAAAGUUGUGACCAUCUUUGCUAUUGUUUUUGCUACUGUCUCACCCAAAGUUGAAGCUCAGUCUGUUGCACCAGCUCCUUCUCCUACAAGUGAUGGAACUUCAAUUGACCAAGGGAUUGCUUACAUUCUGAUGCUUGUGGCACUGGUGCUUACAUACCUUAUCCACCCUCUAGACGUAUCCUCCUACACCUUCUUUUAA